CAUUUUCUCUCUUUAUCUUUUUGUUUAUCUAAAUGGUUGAAUGUUAUUGUUGAUUUGCAGGUGUUAAAAGGAAUCAUCCAAAGUCGUUGAACCAUCUUCAUGGAAGAAAGAGGAAGCAUUUACGAGGAGAUGGGUUGUUUCGAUCCCAACACUCCGGCAGAAGUUACGGCGGAGAACGGCUUCUCUCAUGCCGGACCACCACCACCACCACCGUCACAAAUUCUUGUCGCCGGAAGUACGAGCAACAGCAACUGCAGCGUGGAAGUGGAAGAUCUCUCUGAAUUCCAUCUCAGCCCACAAGACUGUCCUCAAGCUUCUUCAACACCUCUCCAGUUUCCUCCUCCUCCUGAUCACCAGUUCCAAAUCAACAUCAAUUUGAUUAACCAAAUGGCUCAUGAUCAACAACAACAACAACAACACUCUAAUUGGGAUAAUAAUGGUUAUCAAGAUUUCGUCAAUAUGGGUCCAAACUCUGCAACAACUCCUGAUUUGCUAAGUCUCUUGCACUUGCCUAGAUGUUCAUUGCCUCCUCCUUCUCACUCUAUGCUUCCUAACUCAUCAAUCUCGUUUCCGGACAUUAUGUCUUCUUCCUCUGCUGCUGCUGUCAUGUACGACCCGCUCUUCCAUCUGAAUUUUCCUCUGCAGCCUCGAGACCAGAGCCAGCAAAGAAACGGUUCUUGUCUACUAGGAGCUGAAGAUCAUAUUCACAUGGAUGCUAAUGGAGAAGGGAUCAAUAUGAUGUAUUACAACAACAAUGACGACAACAACAACAACAACAAUCAUGGAGGAUUUGACAAUGGGGUUUUCGAGUUUAACAGUGGAGGUAACCGUAAAGGAAGAGGAUCAGGAAAGUCGAGAACUUUCCCUACAGAACGUGAAAGAAGAGUUCACUUCAAUGAUCGCUUCUUCGACCUCAAGAAUCUCAUUCCAAACCCAACAAAGAAUGAUAGAGCAUCGAUUGUUGGAGAGGCAAUAGAUUACAUCAAAGAGCUGUUGAGGACAAUAGAGGAGUUUAAGAUGCUUGUUGAGAAGAAAAAAAUUGGGAAAUUCAGGAGCAAGAAGAAAGCUAGAACUGGUGGAGAAGAAGAUCAAGAACAAGAAGAAGAUACUGUGAGUUACAGACCACAGAGCGAAGUGGACCAAUCUUGCUUCAACAAGAAGAGCAACAACAACUCACUGAGAUGUUCUUGGCUGAAGAGGAAAUCGAAAGUCACAGAGGUCGAUGUACGCAUAAUCGACGACGAAGUAACCAUCAAGCUUGUCCAGAAGAAGAAAGUUAACUGUUUGUUGUUCACAACCAGAGUUCUUGAUCAGCUUCAGCUUGAUCUCCACCAUGUUGCAGGAGGACAGAUUGGUGAGCAUUACAGCUUCUUGUUCAACACUAAGAUUUGUGAAGGAUCUUGUGUGUAUGCAAGUGGAAUUGCAGACACAGUGAUGGAGGUUGUGGAGAAACAGUACAUGGAAGCUGUUCCCAUCAACGGCUACUGAGCAACAAGUCUUUUUAAUAACUUUGUUUUAUCCCCCUAAAUGACUGAUUAGUUAUUAAUCACUUUGGUAAUUUUUCAAGUUAUGUAGCUAGAGUUAGAGCUAGAGCUGAGGCUUUUUCGUCUUGAUUUUGUCUUACUCUAUAUAUUUCUAGCUUUAUGGAUUUCAGCU